AUGUCUCCCCCGCCUACAUCUGGUAAGAAAGUAGGUCCACGUGACCUAUUUAACGGUGGUCUACUACAGUGUCUAGAAGCUGUAACGCUAGGUAUGCCAUUCGAGGUCUGGAAAACGCGCAUGGGUCGCUACCGCUCCGAGACAACGCUGCAAGCCUUUCGCAACGUAAUGCAUGAAGGUGGUGGUAUUUCUGCAUUCUGGGCCGGCACAGGUCCAAAGAUGGUCGAGUCAGCAUCAAAGGGCGCUAUCUUGCUCUUCUCCAAAGAGGCCAUUUCUGACUCGCUACUGUCUGCGGGCGUGGGACAAACAGCAACGGGUUUCCUCGCUGGUGCUGGCGGCGGUGUGUGUCAGGUUGUAGUCAUGGGCCCCUGCACUUUUCUCGUUACUGGUGCUGUCACGGGUGACCGUUCUAUCUCUACUAUGCAGCGCAUCCACAACGUCUACGGCACUCACGGUAUCAAGGGUUUUUACCCUGGUGGAACUGCUAUUGCCUUCCGUCAGGCUACCAAUUGGGCGUCGCGUCAGGGCUUUACGGAGAUUGUUCGCGGUCAGUUUAAGACGCUGUUUCACGGUGACAAGGAUGCGAAGCUCACGGUGGCCCAGGAAGCUGGCGCCGGUAUUGUUGGUGGCGGUCUGGCUUGCUGGAAUCACCCCUUCGAAGUGGCACGCAUCCAGAUGCAGAGUGCCGCGGACCGAGGUGAACCUAAGCAGAACAUGGUUCAGGUCUUUCGCACUGUUGUCAAGGAGCAGGGCUAUGGUGGUCUCUUCAAGGGCAUUGUGCCACGUCUGGGUCUGGGCAUCUGGCAGACGCUCUUCAUGGUCACGGGCGCUAAGCUCGUGCGACAAGCGUUAGAGGACAAGAAAUAG